AUGUUUCAGUCUUCCUUCCUCUCUCCGCCCUUUCCGUUAAGAUCGCCCGACAGGUUACUCCUACCUGUAGAGGGGGUUCCCUAUUAUGUGCACACGCCAGAAAGGUUCAGUAGGAGUAGGCUGAGAUGUGAGCAAGUAGAUACGUGUCACCGUAGAAGGGUGGCAGUUCCGUGGCAGCAGAAUGGUCGUACAAUGGGGGAGGACGACACGGAGGAAACCCUGUUUGGGAGAAAACUGAACCAGAGAAACAGGGAUGGGUGCCAAAUCUGCCGGAACAAGUGUCGGAAGUGCAUUAACACAUGCUUGACGUGGGAAAUGGUACUCCUGGUGGUGGACAUAUUAGUUUUUCUCAUAAUAAUUUUCAAAUGGCUGAAGGACGGAAAACUGGACCAGAGGAAGAAGACGCUCUUUAGGACAUACGAAAGUGGGGGUCAUUUCAUGCAGGGAAUUUUAUUCGUCUUGUUGAUUGUACCCUUCAAAUUUAACAAAAGGAUCAUAAAGUGGAUUUUUAAUUUGUCCAUGAAAAAUGAGAUGUACAUGGAGGAAUGCAGACAGGAAGCGUAUCAGCAGCUGUAUGGUGAUAUUGAACAGAGUAGAAUGGGGAAUUAUCUGUACAAUGAAGAGAACGAGAAUGGGGGGGUAAUCGAAGAGGGAAGUGGAAGGAACUAUGGUAUGAACAGCGCACUCGGUAGCAUAGAUAAUAAUAAUAUGGACCAGCGGGAAGUGAACCACGAGACGGUAGUUGAGCGUGUUGCAGGCGCGGGUGAAAUGGACACAGGGAACGGAGGAAGGCACGCGCAGUUCAUUCGUAUAGGCUAUGGUAAUAGUGGCAGAGGUGGGAAUGGCAUGGAUCACCAGGAAGGAAGCGCUAGGAAAAACACUUCAGGGGAACGCUUAACUAUGAACAGGCGAAGGAAUGGGAGCAACUGCAGGAAUGACAGCCUACAUCGUGAACACGCAAACAGAGACUUUCCCUUGUGUGAAUCUUUCUUUAGGAGCUUGGUUUUUCCAAUAAACACCCCAAAACAUAUAAGAGAAAGAAUUCGGUACUUUUUCUUGUGCGCAAAGUUGUAUGGAAACAUGAAAAUUUCGUUUCUGUUUGUUCUGAAGUAUGCCUCUGCCUAUAUUUUAAUGUUCGCCUAUCCGUUGUAUAAUCUAGUGAAGAGGAAGUUGCUCCACCCACGUUUCCACUUAACGUCGUACUACAUGAAUGAAUUCGACUUUGCAUCGGGUCUUCUCGCGGGAUCUCUCUUCGUCUUGGUUUACGGAUUGGUAAAAUUUUUUGCUAGCCUUUGUAUGAACAGAAGAAGUGAGAAGUUUUACUUUUUCGAUAACUAUCCUUUUUUGAGCGAAGUGAAGUGCUUAUGUGAUGAGAACGUCCGAAUCAUUAUACAUAAUAAUCCUCACCUGAAAAGCACGGCCAUACAGUACCUUAAUGCGUAUAGGAUUUACAAGAUUUUUCUUUUGAAGGGAAUUUUCAUUUUGUUUCUUUUGUGUAUCUUCUCCUUUGCGCCUACCACUUGUAUCACCACAAACAACAGCGCAACCACUAUUAACAGGACUAACAUAGUCGCCACCAAUGCACCUUCCAGCAGAGUACACGGGAAAACGAAAGAAGAACCAGCGCUUAGCAAAGAUGACACACAGAGGAAAAGAACACAUCCAUGUUCCUCUCUUCAAUGGAAUAGCAAAAAGGAUUAUUCAAAGUUAAAACAGACCAGUAUUAAUGAAAUGGAUAAAAGAAAGGAAGGAAAGGGACAACAUAUUUUGUCCGAUGUGAAUAAUGAUCAUUUGGGUAACCUCUUGUAUAGGGACAUAACCUUUUCUUACAUGCAUAGGAAUGGGAAAAAGUAUCAUCCCUCACAAGACCACUUAAUAAGGAGAGAUGUUUUUCCUCUCACAGGAGGGCAAUACAUGGAUUGGGACCAAGAAAAUAAGAAAGUGACUGAACAGAAGAAGGAUAAUCAUCCCCUUCAUGUUAGAACCGACCGUGGGACAAUUACACAAAGGAAGAACAAAUAUACCAAUUUGGACAAAGGGAGUGUUUUAAAUAAGUCACAUGGUUCGAGUCAAAUUGCAGAUAAAGGAAUUUUGCACGAAAAUUACCUUGGUAGUAGCGCUGAUGAGUAUAACAGUUUAUUAAAUGUACUCUCUAGUGAGGGUGAGUUUGGCGCCUCCCACUAUUCCCACUACUCCAGUUACUCCUCCUCCCUUUCGAUGAGGGGACGUAUCUUCUUCCCGUCCGAACAGUGA